AUGUCUAAUGGAAUCAUUUCAAACGAUAAGAGACUACCUUUACAUCUUGUACAAAGUGGCAACGAUAACUAUUUCAAAAAAAUGCCAUUAUUUGAAAUUGAUGGAUGGAAUCUGGGAGACAACUCAGUAGUUCCAGGAGUCACGGCUGAAGACUUGAAGAGAAAACAUAAGAAGGAGAAGAAGAAACAGAGAAAGGAAAAAUGGGAGGAAAGAGAGCAGGAGAAAAAGAAAAGAGAGCUGGAAACGGAUAGUACAGAACCAGAAGACCACAAAAGACCGAAAAAAUCGGAAGUGCGUGCUGAUAAUAACCAUGAUACCCCAUCUUCAGUGGCACCACCUCCUGCACCGGCUAAACUAGACACUACCAAUCUUACACCUCUCCAGUGUAAGAUGCUCAAUAAGCUCUCUGGAUCUAGAUUUAGAUGGAUAAAUGAACAGCUAUAUACAGCUGACUCGGAAGACGCAGUGGAGCUGAUGGAGAAGCAGCCAGAGUUGUUUGAGGAAUAUCACAAGGGAUUUAGGUCCCAAGUAGAAGCAUGGCCAGAGAAUCCUGUUGAUCUUUACAUCAAGCACCUUGUGUUCCGUGGCUCCAAUAGAGCUAUUAAUUCACCUGGGGGACUUCCUGGUUUGGAAAUCAAUGGUAAAAAGACGGUCGUAGUGGCAGACAUGGGAUGUGGAGAGGCCAAACUGGCAGUGGAAGUGGAAAGAUAUAUGGAAUUCUACGAUAAGGAUUCAAAGAAAGCACUCAAAAUUUUUAAGAAGAAAUAUGGUGGUGACAGUGACAUCUUUGCCAAGAAUAAGAAACUAAACUUUGAAAUCCAUUCGUUCGAUUUGAAGAAGAUGAACGAUAAGAUCACUGUGGCUGACAUCAAGCAUGUUCCUUUGAAAAAUAGAUCGUGCAGUGUGGUGAUAUUCUGUUUGUCGUUGAUGGGAACCAAUUUUCUUGAUUUCAUUAAAGAAGCUAAUCGAAUUCUUAUUCCUAGAGGUGAGCUUUGGAUUGCGGAAAUACAAUCGCGGUUGACCGAUGACAAGGGUGAAGAAUUUAGUGAAGUGUUGAGUCGAUUGGGGUUCAAACAUAAGGAGACUGACACUUCCAAUAAGAUGUUUGCUAGAUUCGAGUUUUUCAAGCCAUUAAAUGAGGUGGAUCCAGACUUGGAGGAUUUGGAGGAUUUGGAAGAGAAGAGAAAGGAGAAUAAAGAAGGGAAAUGGUUACUUAAGCCAUGUAUAUAUAAAAGAAGGUGA